AUGGCAGUAUGGAUGCUCUUCAUGUUUGCAGCUACAUUGGCCACAGUUCAGUGCUCCUCGGUCUUGCCUUUAGACAUGGCUCUCGAUUCUGUUGAUGAUGCUUACGUACACUGCACUGAGAAGAUGCCAAAAGUGAUCAAAAAAUAUUACUUUGACAAAGAGAUGAAGACAAAUGCAAAGUUUAGGAAUGCCUGGUAUGAGGUACAGAAAUGGGCCCAUCCAGCUUAUGGUCUAAACAAGGAGCAGGCAGUUGCCGUAUGGAUCUACACAAGUGCCAACAUUUACCUUGACUUUAAUGGGGCUGUUAAUAGUGGUAAAAAAAGUUACAAGUACAGGAAAUUCCAAUACACCUCCCUUUACUUUUUAUUGACCACUGCCAUUCAGCGCCUGAAAAAAACCCAACCACCUUACAUGACAACGUAUCGACGAACCUCAAGCAUUUAUAAGAGUGUCCCCAAAGGAACAAUAAUUCGAUUUGGCAGAUUUGCCUCGUCCUCUUUGAAUGCCAAAGUAAAUCUCAGUUUUGGGGACAAGACUUGUUUUCAAAUUCAAACCAAAUUUGGGGCUGAUCUAUCAAAAUUCUCUAAAUAUAAACAUCAAAAAGAGGUCCUGAUACCACCAUAUGAAAAAUUCAUAGUUACUUCUGUUCAGUACAGAAAGUAUAACCCUUAUCUGUGGUGUGAGGUUGUUUACACUCUACAGAGUGUCGGUACCCAGAGCAACCUGAACUGUGUUCUUUCAUAA